GAGAGCGACAGGCGGCUCCACCAUGUCAUCCCCCAGCCCGGGCAAGCGGCGGAUGGACACGGACGUGGUCAAGCUCAUUGAGAGUAAACAUGAGGUCACGAUCCUGGGAGGACUCAAUGAGUUUGUAGUGAAGUUUUAUGGACCACAAGGAACCCCAUAUGAAGGUGGAGUAUGGAAAGUCAGAGUGGACCUUCCAGAUAAAUACCCAUUCAAAUCUCCAUCUAUAGGAUUCAUGAAUAAAAUUUUCCAUCCCAACAUUGAUGAAGCGUCAGGAACUGUGUGUCUAGAUGUAAUUAAUCAAACUUGGACAGCUCUCUAUGAUCUUACCAAUAUAUUUGAGUCCUUCCUGCCCCAGUUGUUGGCCUAUCCUAACCCCAUAGACCCUCUCAAUGGUGAUGCAGCAGCCAUGUACCUCCACCGACCAGAAGAGUACAAGCAGAAAAUUAAAGAAUACAUCCAGAAGUACGCGACGGAAGAGGCACUGAAGGAGCAGGAAGAAGGCACAGGCGACAGCUCCUCGGAGAGUUCUAUGUCCGACUUCUCAGAAGAUGAGGCGCAGGAUAUGGAGUUGUAGUAGAAAAAGCAUCUGCUUUUCAGAAAGACUAUUAUUUCCUAACCAUGAGAAGCAGACUAUAAUAUUCAUAUUUAAACAAAGCAAUUUUUUUUAUUACUAAACAAGGUUUUUAUGAAUAAUAGCAUUGAUAUAUAUAUAUUAUAUAUCACCCUUUA